CGCGCUGCUGUUUGUGUGUUUGUGUGUGUGUUAGCGGCUCACACAGCUCAGUUAAACGGAUUAUUAUUGAGCUGCAGAGUAAUAAUAAAACAUGCCUGCUGACGGAUCAGUCUCUGCUUCGGCCCCGCUGUCUUUCACAAAUGUCUUGAGCUGAGGGAUGAAGAGCAGAAAGCAGAGGAGCGGGAGGAAAAAAGCCCCCAGCGAUGUGUCCCCCUCCACCAGCCUCCCUCCGCUAGUUGAGGGCCAGCUGAGAUGCUUCCUGCAGGUGACAAUAAGUCGGGUGUUAUGGACCGUUCACAAACCCCCUUCUGCAACGUUCAUCAGGCUGCGCUGGUGGGGAGAGUCGACCAACGGGACGCACUUCUUCCCAAGAGAUGGAUCGCAGCUGUCACAGAAAACCAUCAAGACAACGGCACGCUUCCCCAUCCGCUGCGGCCCAAAGCAGUUCACCUCAUAUCUUACAGAUAUGGGCUCUUUGGUGCUGGAAGUUCUGACAAAACCAGAUCAUUUGCCAAUCGCCCGGGCUCAGGUUGUGGGUAUCUCCCGUUUGACUCUGUCACACCCGAUUAGUGGAUUCUACACCCUUGUAUCGCCAACAUCUGAAAAGCUGGGAGAGUUACAGGUUUCACUUAGUCUUGAGCCUCUGACUGAAGCUUAUGACAGCAGCAGCUCAGGUCCUGCCACAGACAUCAGCAUCGAAGGACUGCAAGUCACCAAACUGACUUUACCAUCGCAGCAGCAGCACAGAUUGCUCUCAACUGGCAGCGGCAAAGAAUCAGCUGGAAACACACCAAGAGGGAAGGACCAUUUAUAUUUCCAAAAUGCUCCGAAAGACAAAGAGGAGACUCUGGAGAAUCAGAGGCCAAUAACAAACAAAUCCCAGAAUAAUCAAACAGCUGUGAAUCCUUCAAGUCAGGAGUUUCAUCGUGGACAAGCAACCAGCGAUCUCCUUUCAGUUAUUCUAGAGCGUGGAAACAAGCUACGAAAUGCAAUGGUGGUUUCAGCUCUGAAAUGUGACAUGGAUUCUGCACCGGCUCUGAAAGAUACCCCUCUGCCUCUCCCAAAGGACAACAUCCAGCCACCUUCAAAGUUUACUCCAUCUCCCUCUGGGAUGUUUCUUGAAAAUAUCCUGAAUGCAGAUUCACCUCUGAAGCCCUCUGAUGAUGCUGCUGUCCUCUCCUUGGACAUUUCUGCUGACGUGGACAACAGAGCUGUGGAUCUGCUUCUUGGCAGCUCAAUCACAUCUCUGCCUCUCUGGGAUGGACAAGGCUCCUCCUCUGGAUCUCUGUCCGACCACGGAGACAGUGAGCUCAGCGAUCCACAGUAUGAUCAGAGCUUAUUGGAGAAUUUGUUCUACAAAGCUCCUAUCUCUGUCACCAGAUCAGAUGACACCGAGGAGGAACCUAAAAAAACACCAUCCUCAAGAAAAACUCUGCCAAAACAUCCGACACAGUCAGGACCCAGGAUUAAUAAAGAUUCAGAUUCUGAGCAUCAGCAGUCUGCAGAUGCUGUUGGUGAAUGUCCUCACCUGAGUGUGGAGCAGCUGAGUUUUCUGAGUUUGAUCCGGGUGGCCAAAGUGACCGUCGACUCCCUGACUGUACCUGCCUUCAGCUCCACCACAACACCCAGAAAGACCUCCAGUAAAGCUAAACCUCCUCGACCAAUAAUCAGCAAGAAGUGUACGUAUUUUGUUGAGUACGUGUUCCCGAUGAACGCUGCUUCCACUCGACAUGAUCGCAGCAAAACUGGAGGUGGGGAGGUGACCAGAGCUGUUUCUACUAAAGUCACAGGAGGAGCGGCGAGGUUCCAGCAGCUCUCUGUGUUUCCGGUCCACUUCAGUCCAGCAACAGUUCAACAGUGGUGGGAUUCUGAUCUGCUAUUCAAGAUCUACUCACGAAAGAGUGACCAGAAGAAACCUGUUGCCAUUGGAAAGGCAGUUCAUCCACUGCGGUGUCUGCUGGACAGCAAGCAGCUGAGUCACACUGUUGUCUUACCUGUUCAGAGCUUGGACAAGAACAAUGAAAUGCACCAGGUUGGACCUCUCAAGGUGUCCCUGGAACUUGGAGCCGACAGCAGAAGCUUGUCGUCUGAACGUUUUAAAAGCAAGCUGACUUGGAGAGACGUGUCUCCUUCACACACUGCACACAGUCCAGAGAGGGAAGCCAUGUCCACAUCCCACCCUGCUGGCAGGGAGGAGUUAGCAGCUGGAUCUCUAGAGGGCUCCAGGCUGAAUGGAUCCUGUCCUCAUCCCAGCCUCCUCACAGCUCCUCCUAAACCCUGGCAGCAGGUGGAGCAGGAGGACCCCGAGGUGCUGCUGCUGCAUGCUUUACUCAUGGUGCCAGACGGGAAGAACUUCAGCCGUGGACCAGCACAAGCUCCAAACGUCUACUUGAACUGUAGACUGUUCUGGUGUGACGAGACGGCGAGAUCCGUCGUCAGCUGGGGUCAUUCAAACCCCUCGUUCAACUUUGUCCAGGUGACGCCUGUGGCCUUAACAACUAAACUCCUGGAGCGGAUGAAGAAUAAUAUGAUGGUGAUUGAAGUGUGGCAGAGAAUCGGAAGCUCAGGACAGGAUCGACUCCUCGGUCUGGUCAAAUUACCUCUUCAUCAGUUCUACAUGUCAUUUAGGGAUCCUACCAUCACCCACCUCCUCCUGCAGGCUCAGCUUCCUGUGCUGGGGGUGGACUGCUCCAUGCCUGUCAUCGAUGUCUUCUCUGGUAGCUGUACAGGAAACCUCAGGGUUGUUCUGGCCAUGGGUCGAUCGGAGCAGAUACUUUCCCUCCAGCACACAAGAGAUCAACAACAUGAGUCUUUGUCACAUCUUGUCAGACCAGUUCAUCUGCUGGAUCACCAGCCACAUUCUCAAACGAAGGUGAAUGCAACACAAAAGGAACCUAUGAGAGAACAUGUGUUUGUGAUAAGAGUGGAGAAGGUCAGCGGGUUGAUGCCUCUACAGUCCACAGUGUGGGGUGAAGCUGACUGCUACAUCCAGUACAGUUUCCCCUGUCAGGAGGCUGAUGUUUCCACAGACCUGGAUGGAGACCUCAUAGAGAGCAGCGUGACUUUGAAGCCGUUCCGGACCACUACCACUCUCUGCAUCCCUGAUCCAGUGUUUGCUCACACUGAGACUCAUGUCCUGGUGGUUCCUGAAGGAGUUCCUGUGCAGAGGCUGCUGCUCAGCUCCCUGUCAGGUCCAGGAGGCGUCCACUUUGAAGUCUGGUGCAGAUAUUACUAUCCAAAUGUCAGAGAUCAGCUUGUGGCCAGAGGGACGCUUCCACUGUCCAAACUGUGUGCCAUGGUGACCAUGCAGAGGCAACAUCCCAACGAGGCUCAAAUGUUUUCCCUGCCUUUGAUUCCCAGGACAGAGAGUCCACCAGGACUGCAGCCUCAGCCUUCAGGUUUGCUGGAUGUUUGUAUUCAACACAAACACAGACUGAUGAGGGCUGAAGGGCAGCCUGGUAGAGCAGCUGCCUCUAAUGUCGUGAUGCUGGUGGUUGAAGUGCAUCGAGCAUCAGGUCUGAAGGCAGCAGCGAGGGUUUUAUCAGAGCAAGAUGAAAGGUUCAGCUAUUUUGCUGGCGUGGGGCUGAACUCUUUCGUCACGGUCCAGCUUUCCUUCUUACCUGACAGUGAGAGGAGAUGCACCCGCACAGCAUCCAGAAGCUUCUGCCCUGAGUUCAAGCACCACAUGGAGGUUUCCUGUGAUGUGCUGCUUCAGAGGAGCAGUGGAGAAAGCAGCAGUCUGGCAGAGCAGCUGGAGAAGGCUUCUGCUGUCUGUACUGUCUGGAACAGAGACAACCGCAAAGCUUUGGAUAUUUCCAGACCUAAAGAUGUGAUGCUGGGCACAGUGGAAAUACCACUGGCUGAUCUCAUCCAUAAAAGAACAGGUAUUUCCGGCUGGUUUGGAGUGUAUAAAACUCAGGAAACCAGCUGUUCUCAGCGGCAGCACGUCUUGGUUGGAGGUCUAGAAGUUUCCAUCAGCUUCGCUCAUCACUCAGACAGAGAAAGAGCCAUUAAAGCUGCUCAGGGUUUGGGCUGGGAAAUGCCUCAGACUGACAGCACACUGCUGGACGAUGAGGAAAGCCUGAGGAAGCUCUCUGUGACCUUUUCUAUGCCCAGAGUGUGGAUUCCUGUCCACUGUUUGCUUCUGCCAGGCCACAGUGAGCUCCAGCCUUCCACCUACUGCUACUUCAGGUACAAGUUCUACGAGCAGGAGGCCUUCUGCUCUCAGAUGAAACAGCCCUGUGUGGAGCAGGAAGCUGGGCAGGAAGCUGGGCAGGAAGCUGGGCAGGAAGCUGGGCAGGAAGCUGGGCAGGAAGGCCAUGCCACGGUGAGCUUUGAAGGAAGUAGAAGUGUGGAGCUGAAGAGCACUCAGCCUUUAAUGUGGUAUCUACGGGAGGAGCGGCUGGAGGUGCAGGUGUGGGUCGCCUUUAACAAACACAAAGCCAGAAGGCCCAGCGACACAGACCGACUGGUGGGAUCAGCGUUUGUUGAUCUGUCGUCUCUGGCAAAGACAUCCAAGCAGAAGCUGACUCUAAGUGGAGUGUACCCGCUGUUCAGACGCUCAGCAGCAGAUCUGCAAGGAGCAGCUGUCAGAGUCCACAUCACCCUGACGGCAGCUUCUGAUCCUGGAGAGGUUUCUGCUGGAGUCCACACUCAGCUGGACUCUGACAGUCUGGAGGAGCUCCUACUAGAAGAGGCUGAAGCAGCAGACAGAGUCCCUUCAGCCACGACACUCACAACAUCCUGCACUCAGAGCAAACACAAGAAGAAAUCCUCCAGAGCCGCUGCAGACAUGACAUGUGUGCAGCACACAGGAACAAGUGUAGAUGAAUCCUUCUUCCCUGUGACGGUGGCAGUGGACCGAGCCAUGCACCUCAGUCUGAAGGGUUGUCCUUCAGCAGAGUGCAGUGAAACACCACCAUGCUGCUGGGUUUCAUACAUCACUGCUGACUCUGCUCAACCAGUUUCCACUGCUGUCAUAUCCAACAAUGACUGUCCUGUCUGGGACCAUCAGCACGAGUGCAGGCUUUUGAAGCAGCAGCUGAUUGAUCCACAACAGUCUCUGGUGUUUAAAGUCUGGCACAAAGGAGAGGUAGAGAGGGUGAUUGGUUUUGCCUCUGUAGACUUGUCCCCUUUGCUGUGUGGAUUCCCAUCAGUGUGUGGUUGGUACAACAUCACAGACUUCAGUGGUCAGUGUCACGGCCAGCUCAAAGUGUCCAUCACUCCGUUAAGAGGGCUUCAAGAUCUUCGUGAGCAGAGAAAAACUGCCAACGAAGAAGCUGCCAAAAGCUCACCGGCUUUGUUCCAGUCUGUUCCUGUCAGCUACCAAACCUCAGCCACCUACAGCAGCUUCCCCUCUCACAUCAGCAGAUACACCGAGCAGAAGAUCUCAUCACCGGACCUCUCAGAUAGGCUGUUCUCUGGAAGAUCCAGUGAGAGCGAUCGGCACUUUGAGCACAUGGACAAAGUGCGUGUUUACCAUCAGAAUCUACAGGAACAGACAGCAUCUCAGUCUGUUGGCAGCAGCAGCAGCUGUGCUGACAUCAAUCCUUCCAGCUCAUUCUUAUUUUCAGCACUCAGGAGAAAACUCAGUGAGCUCGAUAAUAUUCAGAGAUACUUCAGUGGAAAACUUUCAACGCCAACGUUCCCACCUCUGCCUGAGCAGGACUGUAACAAACAGAGGGACUCAGAGACCGACUCAAGUCAGCUGCUUCUCAAGUCCAACCAGUUAGUCGGACAAGUCAACAACAUCAUUAGUGGAUUACGAGGACACCACUUGGAAACGAUUCCCUCCAAUCCUCAGAGCAGCUCAACAACUUCCCCUGUUGGUGACAACAACCUUCAAACCUUCCCUGAGAGCGUCUCCAGUCCACACAGAGUUUGUGAUUGUUCCCUAGAAAUCCCGUCUCCUCUGGCGUCGCCGCUGCCAGAGAUGUCUGAGGACCAAACAGCCUCCGAGCCUGACGAAGAAAAGGACAAACGAAGCUUCGAGGUAAACAUAUCUGAGGAUGAAGAUGAAGAACAGGCGGGUUGCAGACGGGACAGUGAUGAUGACGAUGAUGAUGAUGAGGAUUACGAGGAGGUUGUGGUGAAGCCGAGGACUCUAAACGAGGUCACUUCACUAACAGACAAAACCAGUCCUUGGACCAGCAUCAUGUCGGACCCUGACCUGGUUUCUCUGGGCAGCCUGGAGACACCAGAGGAACCAGACAUGAGUGAAGACGAGGAGAGGCAGAUGGAGAAUCCAAAACACCAAGACUGCAGUGAGAAACAAAGCGACCGCCAGAGUUUUAACGGAUCAAGUGAAGACGCUUCAGACACAGAAACAGAUGAUGAAGAGACGCUGAAAGUUUUAGAAGAGCAACAAGCGCAAGAACCCAGCAGCUCCAACAAGGAGUCAGGAGACUCUGUUCAGGUCCUCACAGGUCCCCACAAUGCAUCCUCCUCCCUGGACUAUCAACACACACACCUCCAGCCGUAUCCUUCAUCUGUAGCAGCUUCUUCAUUUCUGGCUGUAUCGUUAUUUUUUCAUUUCUUCAGAGGUCAGAUCAGAGAUUGCGUUCUGCAUUCAGCUCUGUCCCUGUUGAAGUCCCUAAUUUCUUCCUGUCCUCUCACCAACUGGAGGCGUCGAUGCGAACCAUACGUUUAGCUCCUUCUUUCUGCCAGACGCCCAGCGACCUGGAGCAGAAGGCUGCAGGUCACAGCGUUCCUCCUCCCAGACCCAGAAAUCCUCCACAGCCUCCCAACAUGUCGCCUUCAUCCAUGAAGAAGGAGGCGGAGAGGAUAGCGAAAAUAUUCACAGCUCGCUUUGAUCACACACACUGAGAUUCCACAUCUGAGCACAAAACCAUCAUGUAAAUUAAAUGUAGCACUUUGUAUUUUUAUGAAUAAAUAUUGACAGUUUUCACCACUGGAA